AAUAAGUCAAACCGCCUCAUUGUAAAGUCCAACAAAAUUAAUAUAAUACGUAAUACACAAUCAAAUUCUUUCCUAAAUAAAAGAAAAUCAAUAACUAAUAGCUCCUUUAUUCAAUCUAUGGCUCCUAAAUAUUCUUAUUCUAUAUUAUUCAUUCUUCUUCUUCUUCAAAUUUCUCAAUCUUUUUCUAAUGAAUUUUCAUGUAAUUAUUACGAAUAUCGCCAUUCUAAUAAUUUAUGUCGAUCUUGUUAUUUGGAUUGGUACAAAACCACCAAAAACACAAACAUUGUAAUAGUAGAAGUUGCAAAUAUAGUGAAAGCUCUCGAAAACACAGGGUACCAAAUAAUGUCAACUAUUCUCGAUAAAAAUCUUAACCCCGAUAUUAUUAACCCUUAUUGCCAUGAUGAUUUCAUGUUCUUCAUGGAUGACCAAAAUAGAUUCAUUAUCUAUGGCGAAAACAACACAAUCACUCUCUUUGUUCCUCCAAACAAAGCAGUCCGUUUCGAAAAAUGGAUUGAUUUGAAAUACCAAAUUGUGAUGGGAAAAGUGGACAAAGAAGCUUUUGAAUCAGGCUCUUUAUCGAAAGGUUCUACAUUUGAAUCUUCAACUCGUUCGAAAGAAAAACUCCUUGUAACUCAAGUGUUUGAUAAUGGAACUGUUUCGAUCAAUAAUGUGAAGAUUACUAAGUGGAAUAUUUAUAAUGAUGGACAUGUCAUUGUGCAUGGUACAGAGGAUUUUUUCAAUCACUUUCAAGGAGAAAAGCAAUAUUGUGAGAAUUUUUGGGAGAAACUAAAGAAGUUGUUUAAUCCUAUUUCAUUGCUUUCCUCUAUCGAAUUGUUUUUAUUAUCAUGAAAAAUAAUUAUUAUUAUUUACAAUAAAUAAUAUAUGGUGUAUGUUAUUUUUCUGGUUAUAUAUGCUAGUUUUAGUUUUUAGUUCUUUGUUAUGUUCCA